AGCAGCCUUGAUGCUCGAAAUGUUUAUCGGCUUGUUAGCCGCUAUCUUGCUACGACUUUUAGCAUCAAUCUCUAGGGUACACUGUUGUCCAGGAACAAAGACCAAACGGGAGCGGCAUCUCAAGGCAAGUGGUCGGAGGGUGCAUUGGAGGCGUUUUCAAGGUUGGCACCCUAUUGGUUCGAGAAUGCAUCUUUCUUGCGCAAUCAAAGUCCAUAAGCGGGCCGUGGCGAGCUGAGUUACCGGGCUAUCUAUCUUGUGAAAGUCAGGGGAUGGUACCGAGGGGAAGUUCAUAUGCGUUCAUCAAGAAUCUGUAUGUACCUCCAAAUACCCUUCGAAGUCGUGGAUAGGAACUUUGCUGGUCAUGGAAAGGGACCGGACUUGUCUCUCGAUUCUCCCGGUAUGUUAUGUCUUUGCCUUGUUUAAACGAUUAGGUCGUUUUUCAAGUGGCGUUCGUGAGUAACCCAACAAGGACGCCAAGACCGCCCCUGGUACCGUCAUUUCAGCUACCAGUCAUUUUUCUUUGAUCUGACUGCCCAAUUUCUCAACCUCUCAUUCAUCAUGCGCUCUCACUCUGUUCAUCAUUCCUUCGCCCUCUGACCCUUCUUUGCUUGUACUUUCAUAUCCCCACGAACCAUACUCUCCUUUCUAAGCCUUCAUAUUCUCAACAUCAUAUCAUUUCCCCAUUUCCAAGCCUUGGCUGCUUCCUUCAACGCAGAUCCUUAUCCAACUCAGCAAGAAUAGGAACAGGACAGGACUAUUUCCGCCAACCAGACUCGGCUAUCGUUGUCCCCGCGUGUAAAAUACCCGCAGGAUCCGCAAGGGUGCUUCUUUGUUGCACCCAACUUGUUCCGAGACUCCUAAUCAUUCAAUAAUAACCAAUUGUGCUCUUCACUUUUUGCUCGUGGUCUCGACAAAGCCUCACGUUAGCCAAGUCGCACAGAAGUUCGAACGCACCAUCCACUAUCUACCAGCAUCACCAGAUGCAGAGACUUUAACUCGUCGCCACCUCGGUUGCAGCGUCACAGCGCUUGCCGGUUCAGCUUAGCCCAAUUGUCACGACAUAAUCACCACAAUAUUCGUCUCAAGUCGCAGCUGCCAUCAUGUCAGACGUUACCACCGCUAUCACAACAGCCUGUACCUAUAAGGCUCGGGACGGGGAGAGUAUAGCAAGUACAUCCGGAUCCGACAUACGACCUGACGUUGAACCCCGAAGACGGCGACACUCCUUCUUCAUUCCCAGGAGACGAUCCAUUGUUGGCCAUAUCAUGGAUGGUGAAGAGGGUCUUCUUCUCAAAGUCGACCUUUUCCUCUCGGAACUCGAACGUCGGCUCGACUUCAUCGAGAACUAUGUCGACCUGAGUAAGGACUCCAGCAUCUCUCGUACCUUCUCUACGCUUCAGGCUGUUCGUUCGAGAUGUUCCCACGCUUCAGAGGAAGUCCUUGGUGCAGGACGACGCCGUUUACAUGUUAUGGUCGAUACUCUAGAGGCAAGAUACAAGGAGACCUUAGAGGCCGCCGAGUCGCUGAAUGAGAAGGCUCACGUUGGAGUCGAUUUGCUCGAAAAUAUGCUCUCUGAUUUUGAAACUAGAGCCUAUAAAUUGCGUGAGCAGGGCUUCGCAAACGCCGCCAACGCUGCCGAGGCUUUCAUGGACGAGGGGCGCCGGGUUGCCAACGAAGGAAUCGAGCGUGCCAUCCAAGCCGCCCUUUCACUGGAGGAGCACAUUCAACAAGCUAUCGUUCUGGCCAAGGAAGGGCGCCUCCUCUCCUACGAUGACCUCCCCUCACCUUGGCGAAACAAUCCUCACAUCCACAAGGGUUACCGUUUCACUGAAUCCAAACUCGAAUGCGUACGCUCAGCAUUCAAUCUUUCCAAUGAGCUGGUCAACAUCUGGUCCCAUGCACUGGGUCUCAUUUUGGUCCUCGCGAUCGCGCUCUAUUUCUACCCAAAUACUGCCAACUUUACACUCAGCACGAAGUCCGAUGUAUUUGUCGCGGGCGUCUUUUUUGUCAUGGCUUGCCUCACUUUGGUUUGCUCAACGGUUUGGCACACCAUGAAUGCUGUUGCAGAUGUCGAUGCCAUUUCAAUAUUUGCCUGCGUGGACUAUACUGGCAUUUCUCUGUUGAUCGCUGCCUCAAUCAUGACGACUGAAUAUACAGCCUUCUACUGCGACCCUGUCAGCCGAUACAUCUAUAUGGGUUUAACAGCUUUUCUCGGAAUUGGGGGCGUCAUUCUUCCGUGGCAUCCUCGCUUUAAUGGUGCUGACAUGGCAUGGGCGCGAGUCGCUUUCUUUGUUGGCCUUGCCUUAACCGGGUUUAUGCCUAUGGUUCAGCUUGGCUGGACUCACGGACUUGACUUUGUGUACAAUUUCUACUCGCCAAUUUCCAAGUCGAUGCUCGUGUACUUUACGGGUGCCAUUGUCUACGCCAGUAAGAUCCCCGAAAGGUGGUUUCCUGGCUGCUUUGACUAUGUUGGUGGAAGCCAUAACCUCUGGCACGCCGCAGUUCUCGGAGGUAUCCUCUUCCACUACUCGGCCAUGCAGACCUUCUUUGCCAACGCCUUCCACCGAGCAGAAGCUGGAUGCCCUUCAUAUUAGAUAAUUAGGUGGUGCUGGAUGUGCCUUCAAUGACCAACCCAAGAACGGGCUAACAAGUUUAUCUGCCCCCCUGGAAGCGUGUCAAGUAUUUGGCUGAUUCUGUCAAGUCUUACUCUACUUGGGCCACGCCGUUUUGGUCCUACUAUGGUUAGUUGCAUGCUCUACUAGAGUUGAUCACAGCGCGUCCCCUGUGGCAAUACUUCAAUGAAGUACCUUGGGUAGUGACGUGAGUUCAAUGCCACUACCUAUACGAGGGGUAUUGCACCUGAGAAUUGGAUGAAACAACUUAAUAACCUUGCUAAGACGUGUUGUUCGUCCAUGAUACGAAAACCUCACAAACUUGCAGGCAUACAUGAGUGAUAAUAGACAAAAAAAACUAUACACUCGGAUCGUCUUGAUGAAGCUAGAAAUUUGAGUGCCGUCACGAAAAGCACAUGCAUGUAAGCCGGUACUGAGCUUUAUUGAUGAACGGAUUGAAUAUGACCCAACAAGCAUGUGUGGACGACGCAGUACGUUCACGAUAUGAUACGAGGCACGUGUAAAUAGACAAUAGAUAACUAAUCGUAUAUUCAUUCAUUCAUCCUAGAGCAUUCGUCCCUGUCGGAACUCUCUAGUACCCGUUGAAACCUGCUCAAGCCUAUACCGAGCAUCAUUAGAAUACCAUGCAUCGUUCCAUCAUACCGCGUUGCAAUAAUCAUAAAAAGCAUAAACCAAAAACUAUUUUUGGGUUUGGCAGCAUCGGCU